GUGCUGCAGGGCCGUUGAGCAACCUUCUUUCUGGCAUGGCUGAGAAUGCGUGCAAUGCCACCGGCUCUGGUGAUGUGCACACCGCAGCUACCAGUUUCUCAGCCUUCUUCCCUGACACGUCGUCCCACGAAGCCAGCCAUUUCCUGCCGACCAUUGCCAGCGAGCACGUGCACAGCCAUUCUACGGAGACUGCACACAUCGAG